UCCCACAAUGCACCGCUAGGUCAGCUGUCAUGUUCUUUUUUCCGCGUUUACUCAGGGAUCUUCCACGUGAGUGAUAGUUUGUUGUAGUUGUAAUGGCAACAGACCAAAUAGUUAUGAAUGGGGACGAGGACGAGGAGUUCCGAGCCUUCGAGGCGCUACACGCCGGGGCCCUGCGGUCCUCAGGAAUUCCCCAGAUGUAUUGGAGGAGCCUGCAUCACAAAAUCACAAACGAGAUUUAUGAUGCUGGGGAAGUUUUUGGAAUCAUGCAAUUUCAAGAAGAAGACGACGAGAAUGAGCAGGGGGGAAACGGAGACACUGAAGAGAAACAGAAGGACAAUCCUGCAGCUGUGAUCCGCUGUAAAGUGGUUGUGACCCGGGAGAGUGGGCUGCAAACCUCUGAGCUGACCAGUAUUUUCCUUGUGGAUCAUGCCUGGACAUACCGUGUGGAUCACGCCCGUCAGCAGCUGGAGCAGAUCCCAGGCCUGCUGCCCAGAAUGGCCACCCUCAUGGGGGUGGACUUCCACGGCGAGGCCCCUGACCCAGACACAGUGGAACUGGUGAUGGAGCGCAUGUGGAAGUACAACCAGACUUACCAGCUCUCUCAGGGGACAGCGGAGGAGAAGGCUCCUGUGUGGUACAUCAUGGAUGAGUUUGGCUCCCAGGUGCAGCACUCUGACCACCCCAGCUGUGGCAUGGCUCCCUUCUUCUACAUACAGGGCCAGUUGGCCUACACUGUCCUGUGGCCUCUGCAUGACCUGCAGGAGGGAGAUGAAGUAACCCGUGAUUAUACAUAUGGAGAGGCAAACACCCUGGUGAGGAAAUGCCGUCUGUUACCAUGGAUACCUGCUGAUCUAGAAGGCGUCAGCAGUGCCACCACCGAACCCCCAGACUCAUUCUUUGAGGCUAUUGCACAGGAGAACAAGGAGCAGCUUCCACUGGAAAUCCAACCCUACACUGUGCCCAAGGACAAAAUUCUCAAGGUUUACUCUGAAAUGUCACAAGUAAGAAACAACCUGACACACCCACGGUUCCAACUGACGGAGGAAGAGGAUGAGGCUGAUAUCAUUUGGGGCUAUAAUCACAUCAAAGGCUACAGGAAACUGAGCGAGGAACGACCUCAUGUAAUGCUUAAUCAAUUUCCCUGUGAGAGCAUCAUCACGGUGAAGGACUGCUUGGCUGCAGUGGCCCACAGAGUGAAAGGUGGCCCAGCACCUGAUUGGCUACCCGAGACCUUCAAUCUUCAGACAGAACUGCCACAGUUCAUCCGACAUUAUCAACUGAGACAGCAACGGGGAGAGGAUAACCACUGGAUCUGUAAGCCCUGGAACCUGGCCCGUGGACUAGACACACACAUCACCAACAAUCUGGACUACAUAAUCAGACAGAGAGAGAGUACACCAAAGGUGGUGUGUAAGUACAUUGAAGAUCCAGUGUUGUUCUACAGGGAGGAGGUGGGAAUGGUGAAGUUCGAUAUUCGCUACAUGCUGAUGUUACGCUCUGUGCAGCCUCUGCGUCUUUAUGCCUACAAUGUCUUCUGGUUGCGCUUUGCUAACAGACCUUUCUCCUUGGACCAUUUUGAUGAUUACCAAAAGCACUUCACCGUCAUGAAUUAUGCAGAGGGUGCAGAGCUUAAGCAGGUGCAUUAUGAUGAGUUCAUCCCCAUGUUUGAGAAGCAGUAUCCACAGUACGCAUGGAAAGAGGUGGAAGCAGAGUUGUUUAAAGCAUUCAGGGAGCUUUUCCAGGCAGCCUCCUCUCGACCAGCUCCAUAUGGUAUCUGUCCCUACCCAUCAUCCCGGGCAAUAUAUGCUGCAGAUCUCAUGCUAAAGUGGAGCACAGGGGGAAACGGUGAGCGGGUCAUGCAGCCUCAGAUUUUGGAGUUGAACUUCAGCCCAGACUGUACCCGGGCCUGCCUGUACCACCCGUCCUUCUACAACCACAUGUUCCAGACGCUGUUCCUGGAUGAGCCUGAACAGUGUCCAGUCACACAAAUCAUUUAAUCAAGUCAAGAGCAGCACCAGACAGUGUCUGUCAACCUUCUUUAAUAAAAUGGUUUAUUACAGAGUUGUUCUUAAAACAUCUUGUGUUACAAAUUUAAGUACCACUGCUGUUUCCUUUCAGACAACUAAGCUGUGGUGCUGUGAAACUUAAAUGUACAGAUGGUGCCCCUCUCCCUUCCACAACCUUGCUGAUUGUUCCCUCCUUCUUUGCUUGCCUUUUUGCUUCGUGUGUUGUCUGCUGUCAUAGAUAGGCCAGUACAGCAAGGAGGGUGUAGUGGCAACUGCUGAUAGUGGUAGCCCAGAGAGGAACUGAAGUGUGUGCAUGAGGAGGAAAGAACAUUCAGACAGGAAAUACAGCAAGGUGCUGUUGUAUAAAGGGAAGUGUGAGCAAGCAGCUCUAAGAGGAACAACCAAGGCCACUGUUCUAAUGAACUUUUACAACAUGUUUACCACAAAUACCAUUACAUCAAUUGUUCAUUUUAUAUAAGUUGUCUAUUUCUUUGUAAUAUUUGUUUGUUUUACUCUAAAUAAUCUUUAUUUGUUGUGGUUGUAACUUGUAGUCUAGACAUCUAUUAGCUACUUUUAUUCAAGAAAAUGUACAUGAAAUGUACUCUGGAUAUUCAUUGAGUAUACACAGUGGUAAAAGUAGUAUUCAUAUUAAUAAGUAGAAAUUGGAAGUAACACAAUGUAAAAAAUGUUACAAGUAAUAUUCAAAAUUUUACUUGCAUAAAAGUGCAAAUAUAUUACCAUCAAAAUAUACUUGAAGUACCAAAAGUAAAAGGACUCAUUGUGCAGAAU